GUUUGGAACUCGUACCUCUCCUGGAAGGCCAACCAGAUGUGACAGGUAACUUUGAAGCAGUCGGUUCAGCAUGAAGACUACACCUUUGGUUCUGCUAAUAGCAACGGUCCUGCUGUCCAGCCACAUCCCCCUUAACGUCUGUCGACCCCUGAACAUUUUUGACAGCCAUGGGUACAAGACUCAACUGGACGAGCUGUUGCUGAAGGCGGGUGACUCUGCUGUAUCGUAUCUCAUCGGAGAAAAGAUCCUGCAGUAUUUACAGAAGAACCCGGGUCUGCAUAGAAGUCUUUCACGUGCGCAUGGCGACAACAUUCCGGCUCCACUCGCCGCGGAGGGACUAGCGCACUUGGCGCGCAGUCUGACGCCGCUGGUAGACGGUCACUCGUCGUCUGUGGAGGAGGGGAACAGUCUGGAAGAUCUUGUGGAGUUGUCAAAGAGACACGACGACCCUCCAAUCUCCAUUGACCUCACUUUUCACUUGCUGAGGAACAUGAUUGAAAUGGAGCGGAUCGCGAACCAGAGAGAACAAGCAGAACUCAAUCGCAAAUUUCUAGAUGAAGUUGGAAAGUAAUGGCAACUGAUUUAACUGAGGACAUCCCCCCUUUCCAAAUCAAAUAGAUCAUUACCAAGCGACGCGUUACAACCCAGGCAUCUUGUCAGUUAUAUUCUUUAAUUUUGCUUUCAUAUGGUAUGUUGUUCAUUCCCUCUACUCUAAGUGAUUUGACGAAAACAUCUUGUGAAGAUGGAUGAAAAUUCGCUUAGCAUUAAUUUCCGUCCAGGACACGGCAAAGACUGCAGUGUGGAAAAUAUGUAGCCUAAGGAAAGAACUGGGACUGGAGACCAAACCAAAUCUAACUUAACCUAUAUGCAUCCUUAGGGUUUUAUUUAUUUAUUUUUAUUUAUUUAUUUAUUUGGGAUGUGGUUGUCACAGUUGGAGUUUCAUAACUCAUAGUACCUAAGUUGGGUCGAUGUGCUGUUUGUUGAACACCGUUUUGCCAUGAUUUCCCCCUCAAAAGUGCCCCCUGGUUCCAGAUCAAUCAUGGCAUCGUUCCACUGUCAUUUAGCCAAUCUAUGCAUGCACUUGUUCUUGAGAUGGGAUUGUAUUGUCGGAAGGCAAUGAAUUGAAGUGCAACAAGGGGCAGUUUUCAGCUCAACUCUACCCAUUUUUCACUUUCAUUUCAUCAGUGUCCCACGCCUUUGAUGGUUAUCCACGCAAUGACAGACACAAUGAUUGAUUAAACCCCUGUGUAUUUCUGAACAAAUCUAAUCAUUCCAUCACCACCAUCACCAAGGAUAACAGGUUUUUUUUUUCUUUAAGUAGCCUAAAGGACCUUCCUUAUGAGAAGUUGCUUUAAGAACCCAGUGUAAAUUUCCAGGAGUGCUGU